UUGUGUGUGUUGUGGAACUUGGAGGUAGGAAGCCCUUAUAAAACAGCUAACCAAACACGAUGACAACUUGAGCCACACAACUCCUUUUUUUCAAAUGGCUCUCUGUUUCCCUUCGUCAAGAAUACAAACUCCUUUUUUUCAAAUGGCUCUCUGUUUCCCUUCGUCAAGAAUACAACAGGCGUUGCCAAACACGGCUCCUUUAGCCACCGAUUACUUCAUUUCUUCUACGCUUCAUUUCCACCGGUCGUUUCCAAUCUUCCCCUCAAAUCUCAACGCAUGGUCUGGCCGUUGCCGCGCCACUAGUCCCGGUCCCCCACCGCCGCCGCUUCCUGACCCACCCACCGGAAAAGACCCAACUCCGUCCCCAGGUCCUGCAGCAACUUUGGGUAGAUUGCAAGAUACUCUGCAGAUCUUCUUUGCAGUUCUUUUCUGGAUGUCCCUGUUCUUUUGGGCUUCGGCAUGGGAUGGGAAAAAUACUGGCAAACCAAACAAGGGAUCUCGGUUUAGAAGAUGACCUUAUUAAGCAUUUGGCUGUAUAUAGUAACAGGACCUGAAACGAGUAGCUGAAGAAUAUAGAUACACGAAAAAUAAAAAAUAAAAAAUAAAGAAGGGCAAACACAGUGCACGAGGCUCCCGCCAUUAUAACAUUUUUGUGCAUUGUAUGUAGCAUUGGCCUGUUAGAAUUGUAAUGAAUGUAGACUUUAUGUGUUUAUUUUGUUUCCUCAGAAGAUCACUCUUGAAAUCUUCACGAAGUUUGAAAUAAAGAAAUCAUUUUAUGGA